UACAUGCCCGGGCAACACCACGGUAAGCCUUCGGAACCUGGAAGGCCUCCUCGCGUGCUGUCGACUUUCAUUGGGCAUCGACGAAAACUCACAACCUAGACAUAUAACGUAUUCAUUGUUCGCCAAGAGGUGCGGUAACCAGGCGGCCAUGGCGUUUCCAGCCUUGGGACUCACCCUACUUUUACUGAUAGUGCAAGCCGCUGUAGCGACUCACGUCGGCCUCUACUUCCCGGGCUGGUUCCAGACGACAAAGCCGAACGGCGCAUUCUACAUCCAACCCGACACCAUCGACCUCUCGGGCGUGACGCAUGUGUACUAUGCAUUCGCCUGGAUCAACGAGGGCCCCGACUUCGGCCUGCGAGACGAAUUCGACAACCUGGGGGUGGUCAUGGGUCUGCGGCGGCGCUACCCCGGCAUGCGUGCGCUAAUCUCCAUUGGCGGUGGCGGUUUUGACACGAGCAUCUGGUCCGCAGCCACCGGCAGCGCCGCCGCCCGCGCCAAGUUCGUGGCGGGAGUGGCGGAGUGGGUGGCACGUGUGGAUGCAGAUGGUGUAGACCUGGAUUGGGAGUUCCCGGGCAAGUCCGACCGAGCCAACAUGGUGCUGCUGGCGACCGAGCUGCGCCUGGCACUGGAUGCGCUGGGCCCGCGGGACGGCGGCGGCGGCGCCGGGCCCCAGCGGCGGCUUCUGACGGCGGCUGUGCCGGGCUACUCGGGAGACAUGAGCGGACUGGACCUGGCAUCACUGGCGGCGCAGCUUGACUACUUCAACAUCAUGAGCUAUGAGCUGGCUGACCCCUGCUAUGGUGACGAUGUGACGGGGCUGCACACCGGCUGGACGCAGGUGGCGGCGGGGCUGGCUGCAUACGGCUCCGUGCCGGCGAACAAGCUGGUGUUGGGUCUGGGCUUCUACGGCCAUGGCUUCACGCUGGUGGACGCGGAGCAGUGGCGCUACCCGGCCCCCUCACUGGUCACCGACAGCAGCUGCAGCCGACAGGAUACGCCCUCCUACAAGCAGCUAAUGGCCGACCUGUCUUCCUCGGGCGGGUCGGUGUUCGUGGAGGUGGCUGAGAAGGCCGCGUAUUACGUGCGGGGGCGCCGCUGGGUGGGCUUUGACAUCCCGGAGACGCUGUGGAUGAAACAGCAGGCCGCAGCGCAGCGUGGCAUGGCGGGCGUUAUGAUCUGGGAUGUGACGCUGGAUUCGGACCAGCAGUUGCUGCGGGCGGUGACGGCGGGCGGGCCGCCGCCGCCGCGGCCGUGCGGCGGCGGCUGGGGUGGCAAUGGCACGUGUGUGGGGGCGAGCGCGGGGCAGUGCUGCGGCGAGAUGGGGUACUGCGGCCUGAGCGAAGAGGCGUGCGGCUCCGGCUGCAGGGGCGGCCCGUGUGCGGGCGGCGAGCAGUCGCCGCCGCCGCCGCCGCGGGGCCCGCUGUGCGGCGGCGGCAAAAUCAAUUCGGGACAAUGUGCCAACAGCAAGGAGUGCUGCUCCCAGUACGGCUACUGCGGCACUGGCCGGGAGUGGUGCGGCGAGGGUUGCAAGGGUGGGCUGUGCUGGUCCAGUCCCUCGCCCGCGCCUUCACCUUCUCCCAAGCCGUCGCCGUCACCAUCUCCCUCGCCAUCACCAUCCCCGAAGCCAUCGCCAUCGCCUUCGCCCUCCCCAUCGCCAUCGUCCUCACCUUCUCCCUCACCAUCUCCCAAGCCAGUCCCCAGCCCCAAGCCGAGCCCGAGCCCCAAACCCAGUCCAAGCCCCAAGCCCAAGCCUAAGAAGAGCCCGAAACCCCAACCAGCGCCAAAGCCUCGUCCAAGCCCUAAACGCAGGCCAAGCCCAAGCCCAAGCCCGAGCGCAGCGGAGCAAGAUGCGAUGUGCGGGGACGGGCGCGCUGGGCGCUGCCUCAAUGCGGACGAGUGCUGCAGCUUCUUUGGCUAUUGCGGCACGACCAUCGACCACUGCGGCAAUGGCUGCCAGGGCGGCGCGUGCCUCAGGAUGCCGCCGCCAUCCCCCGGGGGCGCCGGGGCCAUGUGCGGCAACGGCCACAUAAACGACGGCCGCUGCAUGUUCUCAAAGGAGUGCUGCUCGCAGUACGGCUACUGCGGUACCACAGACGACCACUGCGGGCAGGGCUGCCAGGGCGGAGCUUGCAAGCAGCAGCAGCCAGGGCGGUGAGGGCAGCUGCAGCGGGCUGGUCUGCGGCGGCAGCGGCACGGGGCGUGUGUCAAGUGCGCUACUGAGUCGGACGCUAGGCAGUGAGAUGCAGAGGCCAAGUGCCCGGAAAGCAGCCAGGGGGUAGUUGUGCAUGUGCGCCCACGCGAGGGCAAUGAGCUACCUUGUGAGGAAAUUCCUGGCGUACAUAUGGUACUGUAUGGCAACACAAGCGCGCGGUCGUGUCGCAGCACAGUGUCAGGGUUAUGAGGUUGAGUCAGCCGCACGCCGGCGCUCGGCAGCCUGCAGUGACCAGACGGAAUGUGGACGUGUGAAGUGUGGGGCUGUGGGCGGGACUGUGGGUGGAGGUGGCUUGAACUGGGUGAUUGGUUAGGAGGACGGCGCCGCUGGUGCAGCAGGGCCUGGGCAGGCGGGCCGGGGUGGUUGUGUGCUGAGGCACUGAGCCAGACUGCCAGAGGUAGGUGCACAUAGCCGCGGGUGAGGGUGGCACCGGUGCGCGCGGCAACAGACUGCCACUAGUAGGGAAUAGUACAGAAGACUAUGGCUGUGAACUGAUGAUGGCAAUGCGGGCCGUAGCAGCAGGAGCAGGACUGCACGGCGGGAUGACUAUGUAUAGCAUGUAGCGCAAUUCAUGGACAACUUUUGAAUAGCCAGUACUGGUGUACUGGUUGUCAUUAUGUGUACUUUACAUACACUGCAUCACCGAAAGGGGGCGGCCUACGGGUUCUAGGUGGGACAAUGCGGUGAAUGGUAAGAAAGCUUACUUGACCGCAGCAGUACGUAUGUGCGGCAUGCAAGGCUGCAGGUGUUGCAUCCUACCUGCGGCAAGAUGGAACAUUUUACCCAUGUUUCCCCAGUUUAUGCACACGGAGGGUACGGCCACGAGUGUUGGGGCCUUGGUGUAAGCCUCGAGUGCU